GGGUUCAAAUGCUGCGGCGGGACGCCCGGGGCGGAGCGGAGUGCUGACUGGCGGGGUCGGCUGAGCUGGGGAGAUGUUGAAGUUCAAGUAUGGAGCACGGAAUCUGCCGGACGCUGGUGCUGCAGAAUCCAUUGCCAGCCGGGCCUCCAGGUUGAAUCUUUUCUUCCAGGGGAAACCACCCUUCAUGACUCAACAGCAGAUGUCUCCUCUUUCCCGAGAAGGGAUAUUAGAUGCCCUCUUUGUUCUCUUUAAAGAAUGCAGUCAGCCUGCUCUGAUGAAGAUUAAGCACGUGAGCAACUUUGUCCAGAAGUAUUCUGACAUCGUAGCUGAGUUGCAGGAGCUCCAGCCUUCAGCAAAGGACUUUGAAGGGAGAAGUGUGGUAGGUUGCGGUAACUUUGCCGAAGUGCAGGUGGUCAGAGAGAAAGCGACCGGGGACAUCUAUGCCAUGAAAGUCAUGAAGAAGAAGGCUUUGUUGGCCCAGGAGCAGGUUUCAUAUUUUGAGGAAGAACAGAACAUAUUAUCUCAGAGCACAAGCCCUUGGAUCCCCCGGUUGCAGUAUGCCUUUCAAGACAAAAAUAAUCUUUAUCUGGUCAUGGAAUAUCAGCCUGGAGGGGAUUUGCUGUCACUUUUGAACAGAUAUGAGGACCAAUUAGAUGAAAAUAUGAUUCAGUUUUACCUAGCUGAACUCAUUUUGGCUGUUCACAGCGUUCAUCAGAUGGGAUAUGUACAUCGAGACAUCAAGCCCGAGAACAUCCUCAUUGACCGAAUGGGACACAUCAAGCUGGUGGAUUUUGGAUCAGCUGCUAAAAUGAACUCAAAUAAGAUGGUGAAUGCCAAACUCCCAGUUGGGACCCCAGAUUACAUGGCCCCUGAAGUGUUGACCGUCAUGAAUGGGGAUGGAAAAGGUGCCUAUGGCCUAGACUGUGAUUGGUGGUCAGUGGGAGUUAUUGCUUAUGAGAUGGUUUAUGGAAGGUCCCCAUUCACUGAGGGAACCUCAGCCAGAACCUUCAGUAACAUCAUGAAUUUCCAGCGGUUUUUGAAGUUUCCAGAUGAUCCCAAAGUUAGCAGUGAAUUACUUGAUCUGAUCCAAAGUUUGUUGUGUGGCCAGAAAGAGAGACUGAAGUUUGAAGGCCUUUGCUGUCAUCCUUUCUUCUCUAAAAUCAACUGGAGUGACAUUCGAAACUCUCCUCCCCCCUUCGUUCCCACCCUCAAGUCUGAUGAUGACACCUCCAAUUUUGAUGAACCAGAGAAGAAUUCGUGGGUUUCAUCCUCUCCGUGCCAGCUGAACCCCUCAGGUUUCUCAGGAGAAGAACUGCCGUUUGUGGGGUUUUCGUAUAGCAAGGCACUGGGAAUUCUUGGUAGAUCUGAGUCUGUUGUGUCAAGUCUGGACUCCCCUGCCAAGACUAGCUCCAUGGAAAAGAAACUUCUCAUCAAAAGCAAAGAGCUGCAGGACUCCCAGGACAAGUGUCACAAGAUGGAGCAGGAAAUGACCCGGUUACAUCGGAGAGUGUCAGAGGUGGAGGCUGUGCUUAGUCAGAAGGAGGUGGAGCUGAAGGCCUCUGAGACUCAGAGAUCCCUCCUGGAGCAGGACCUUGCUACCUACAUCACAGAGUGCAGUAGCUUAAAGCGAAGUUUGGAGCAAGCACGGAUGGAGGUGUCCCAGGAGGACGACAAAGCACUGCAGCUUCUCCACGAUAUCAGAGAGCAGAGCCGGAAGCUCCAAGAAAUCAAAGAGCAGGAGUACCAGGCUCAAGUGGAAGAAAUGAGGUUAAUGAUGAAUCAGUUGGAAGAGGACCUGGUUUCGGCCAGAAGACGGAGUGAUCUCUAUGAAUCGGAGCUCAGAGAGUCUCGGCUGGCUGCCGAAGAGUUCAAGCGGAAAGCAACAGAAUGUCAGCAUAAAUUGAUGAAGACUAAAGAUCAAGGGAAGCCUGAAGUGGGAGAAUAUGCCAAACUGGAGAAGAUCAAUGCUGAGCAGCAGCUCAAAAUUCAGGAGCUCCAAGAGAAGCUGGAAAAGGCCGUGAAAGCCAGCACGGAGGCCACCGAGCUUCUGCAGAACAUCCGCCAGGCGAAGGAGCGGGCUGAGCGCGAGCUGGAGAAGCUGCACAACCGCGAGGACUCUUCCGAAGGCAUCAAGAAGAAGCUGGUGGAAGCCGAGGAACGCCGCCACUCUCUGGAGAACAAGGUAAAGAGGCUAGAGACCAUGGAGCGUAGAGAAAACAGACUGAAGGAUGACAUCCAGACAAAGUCCCAACAGAUCCAGCAGAUGGCUGAUAAAAUUCUGGAACUGGAGGAGAAGCACCGAGAAGCCCAGGUCUCAGCCCAGCACCUGGAGGUGCACCUGAAACAGAAAGAACAGCACUACGAGGAAAAAAUUAAAGUGUUGGACAAUCAGAUAAAGAAAGACCUAGCCGACAAGGAGACUUUGGAGAAUCUGAUGCAGAGACACGAAGAGGAGGCCCACGAGAAAGGCAAGAUUCUCAGCGAGCAGAAGGCGAUGAUCAACGCCAUGGAUUCCAAGAUCAGAUCCCUGGAACAGAGGAUAGUGGAACUGUCGGAAGCCAAUAAACUUGCGGCAAACAGCAGUCUCUUUACCCAGAGGAACAUGAAGGCCCAGGAAGAAAUGAUUUCAGAACUCAGGCAGCAGAAGUUUUACCUGGAGACACAGGCUGGGAAACUGGAGGCCCAGAACCGGAAGCUGGAGGAGCAGCUGGAAAAAAUCAGCCACCAAGACCACAGCGACAAGAAUCGUCUGCUGGAGCUGGAGACCAGGCUGAGGGAGGUCAGUCUAGAGCAUGAGGAGCAGAAACUGGAGCUCAAGCGUCAGCUCACGGAGCUGCAGCUCUCUCUGCAGGAGCGCGAGUCUCAGCUGACAGCCCUGCAGGCAGCCCGGGCAGCUCUGGAGAGCCAGCUCCGCCAGGCAAAGACAGAGCUGGAAGAGACAACAGCGGAAGCAGAAGAAGAGAUCCAGGCGCUCACGGCACAUAGAGAUGAAAUCCAGCGCAAAUUUGAUGCCCUUCGUAACAGCUGUACUGUAAUCACAGACCUGGAGGAGCAGCUAAACCAGCUGACGGAGGACAAUGCUGAGCUCAACAACCAAAAUUUCUACUUGUCCAAACAACUUGAUGAGGCCUCUGGCGCCAGUGAUGAGAUCGUACAGCUGCGAAGUGAAGUAGACCAUCUCCGCCGCGAGAUCACGGAGAGGGAGAUGCAGCUCACCAGCCAGAAGCAAACGAUGGAGGCUCUGAAGACUACCUGCACGAUGCUGGAGGAGCAGGUCAUGGACCUGGAAGCCCUGAACGACGAGCUGCUGGAAAAAGAGCGGCAGUGGGAGGCCUGGAGGAGCGUCCUUGGUGACGAGAAGUCCCAGUUUGAGUGUCGGGUUCGAGAAUUACAGAGGAUGCUGGACACUGAGAAGCAGAGCAGGGCGAGGGCCGAUCAGCGGAUCACCGAGUCGCGCCAGGUGGUCGAGCUAGCAGUGAAGGAGCACAAGGCUGAGAUUCUGGCCCUGCAGCAGGCUCUCAAGGAACAGAAGCUGAAGGCCGAGAGUCUCUCCGACAAGCUCAAUGACCUGGAGAAGAAACACGCCAUGCUUGAAAUGAAUGCCCGAAGUUUACAACAGAAGCUGGAGACGGAACGAGAGCUCAAACAAAGGCUUCUGGAAGAGCAAGCCAAGUUACAGCAGCAGAUGGACAUGCAAAAGAGUCAUAUUUUCCGUCUGACUCAAGGGCUACAGGAAGCUCUAGAUCGGGCUGAUCUGCUGAAGACAGAAAGGAGUGAUCUGGAAUAUCAGCUAGAGAACAUUCAGGUUCUCUAUUCUCAUGAAAAGGUGAAAAUGGAAGGCACUAUUUCGCAACAAACCAAACUCAUCGAUUUUCUGCAAGCCAAAAUGGACCAACCUGCUAAAAAGAAAAAGGGUUUAUUUAGUCGACGGAAAGAGGACCCUGCUUUGCCCACACAGGUUCCUCUGCAGUACAAUGAGCUGAAGGUGGCUCUGGAGAAGGAGAAAGCUCGCUGCGCGGAGCUCGAGGAAGCCCUGCAGAAGACCCGCAUCGAGCUCCGCUCCGCCCGGGAGGAAGCAGCCCACCGGAAAGCCGCAGACCACCCGCACCCGUCCACGCCGGCCACCGCCAGGCAGCAGAUCGCCAUGUCCGCCAUUGUGCGGUCGCCCGAGCACCAGCCCAGCGCCCUGAGCCUGCUCGCCCCGCCGUCCAGCCGCAGGAAGGAGUCUUCGACUCCAGAGGAAUUCAGCCGACGUCUUAAGGAGCGCAUGCACCACAACAUUCCUCACCGGUUCAAUGUAGGACUGAACAUGCGAGCCACGCAGUGCGCUGUGUGUCUGGAUACCGUGCACUUUGGGCGCCAGGCAUCCAAGUGUCUUGAAUGUCAGGUCAUGUGUCAUCCCAAGUGCUCCACGUGCUUGCCGGCCACCUGUGGCCUGCCAGCCGAAUAUGCCACGCACUUCACUGAGGCCUUCUGCCGUGACAAAAUGAACUCCCCGGGUCUCCAGACCAAGGAGCCCAGCAGCGGCUUGCACCUGGAAGGGUGGAUGAAGGUGCCCAGGAAUAACAAACGAGGACAGCAAGGCUGGGACAGGAAGUACAUCGUCCUGGAGGGCUCGAAAGUCCUCAUUUACGACAGUGAAGCCAGAGAAGCUGGACAGAGGCCGGCGGAAGAAUUUGAGCUGUGCCUUCCCGACGGGGACGUGUCUAUUCAUGGCGCCGUUGGUGCUUCUGAACUCGCAAACACAGCCAAAGCAGAUGUCCCCUACGUGCUGAAGAUGGAAUCUCACCCGCACACCACCUGCUGGCCCGGGAGAACCCUCUACUUGCUGGCUCCCAGCUUUCCCGACAAGCAGCGCUGGGUCACCGCCUUAGAGUCAGUUGUCGCAGGUGGGAGAGUGUCUAGGGAAAAGGCAGAAGCCGAUGCUAAAUUGCUUGGAAACUCCCUGCUGAAACUGGAAGGCGAUGACCGGCUCGACAUGAACUGCACGCUGCCCUUCAGCGACCAGGUGGUGCUGGUGGGCACCGAGGAAGGGCUGUACGCGCUGAAUGUCUUGAAGAACUCCCUCACCCACGUCCCAGGGAUCGGAGCGGUCUUCCAGAUUUACAUCAUCAAGGACCUGGAGAAGCUCCUCAUGAUUGCAGGAGAAGAGCGGGCCCUGUGUCUCGUGGACGUGAAGAAAGUGAAACAGUCCCUCGCACAGUCUCACCUUCCCGCCCAGCCGGACAUCUCACCCAACAUCUUCGAAGCCGUCAAGGGCUGCCACUUGUUUGCUGCCGGCAAGAUUGAGAGCGGGCUCUGCAUCUGUGCGGCCAUGCCCAACAAAGUUGUCAUUCUCCGCUACAACGAAAACCUCAGCAAGUACUGCAUUCGGAAAGAGAUCGAGACCUCGGAGCCCUGCAGCUGUGUCCACUUCACCAACUACAGUAUCCUCAUCGGAACCAAUAAAUUCUACGAGAUUGACAUGAAGCAGUACACGCUGGAGGAAUUCCUGGAUAAGAACGACCAUUCUUUGGCGCCUGCCGUGUUUGCCUCCUCUUCCCACAGUUUCCCCGUGUCCAUCAUGCAGGUGAACGGCGCGGGGCAGCGGGAGGAGUUCCUGCUCUGCUUCCAUGAGUUUGGGGUGUUCGUGGAUUCUUACGGAAGACGCAGCCGCACAGAUGAUCUCAAGUGGAGUCGCUUACCUUUGGCCUUCGCCUACAGAGAACCUUAUCUGUUUGUGACCCACUUCAACUCACUCGAAGUAAUUGAGAUCCAGGCCCGCUCCUCUCUAGGGACCCCUGCCCGAGCGUACUUGGAAAUCCCGAACCCACGCUACCUGGGCCCUGCAAUUUCCUCGGGAGCUAUUUACCUGGCGUCCUCGUAUCAGGAUAAAUUAAGGGUCAUCUGCUGCAAAGGAAACCUCGUGAAGGAGACCGGCACUGACCAGCACCGGGGCCCGUCCACCUCCCGCAGCCCCAACAAGCGAGGCCCGCCGACGUACAACGAGCACAUCACUAAGCGUGUGGCCUCCAGCCCGGCGCCCCCUGAAGGCCCCAGCCACCCGCGAGAGCCCGGCACGCCCCACCGCUACCGCGAGGGGCGGACGGAGCUGCGCAGGGACAAGUCUCCGGGCCGCCCCCUGGAGCGGGAGAAGUCCCCCGGCCGGAUGCUCAGCACGCGCAGGGAGCGCUCCCCCGGGAGGCUGUUUGAGGACGGCAGCAGGGGCCGGCUGCCCGUGGGAGCCGUGAGGACCCCGCUGUCCCAGGUCAACAAGGUGAGUGAGGUGCCCUCCUCAUCCCCGAGGGGCCACUGUUGUAGGGAAGGGGCGCCGCUACUGUACUUCGGAGUCUGCGGGACUUAAGCUUAGGAAGAGAACGUCUUAUGAAGGGGCUUCCUGCUGCACAGAUGGAUAAUGUGUGCGCCUCAAACCGUAACAGCUGCCAGGGCUAUGGCGUUCCCUUUCCGGAGGCAGCCAGCGUGCAGUUUCUAGAGAGCCUCUCUGCAUACAAACAAAUACAGACGUGUAGUCACCCUUCUUAAACGCUAUUCAAAAGGUUUGAUGCCUUACUUUUUCAAACACAUAUACAUCAACAGUUUCUCUGGAAGGCUACACCGAACUGGUAACAGUGGUUGCCUUCUAGAAGAACUCCAAACCUUUCAAAAUUUUUAAAUCACGUGCAUGUAUUUACUACCUGUGUAAUUUUUAGGUUAGCAACUGAGAAGAUGAUGGAGGGAUGUGCCGAAGACUAGGGGCCCCCCAAGUGCACGGGGAGGCUCCAGAGCAUGGUGUCUCCUCAGCAGGCCAGCCGGUUCCAGGGGCCAGUUUUCUGGAUUGCACUCUCCUGCUGCCACCCGCAGUUCACUGUUGGCACCCCUGCUGCUACAGGGAGGGGGGAAAAGCCGUUUAAAUGCUUUUCCUUAUCUCCUCUGAUUUAUGGAUAAAAUGGGGUGCGUAACAGUAGUCCUGCUGCCAUCCGCAGUUCACUGUUGGCACCCCUGCUGCUACAAGGAGGGGGGAAAAGCCGUUUAAAUGCUUUUCCUUAUCUCCUCUGAUUUAUGGAUAAAAUGGGGUGCAUAACAGAAGUACUUACGUAGUGUUGGGGACUCUGCGGUGAGUUCCGCAAGCUCAGCUCACGGCAGGAAGGCGAGGCCUCGUGCUCCUGCACACCCCAGUCUGGGCUUCCUGUUUGCAAAGUGAGCACAGCGGUUUCUGACCUCUGAUGGCAAAACCCCCUCCUCCUCCUAGGUCUGGGACCAGUCUUCAGUAUAAAUCUCAGCCAGAAAACCCAACUCCUCUUGAACUGCAGGAAAACACCAACCGCACUAUGGAACGCUGCUGAAGGGGGGACCCCAGUGCCCACGGCACAGCUGGACCCAGACCCGCCUCAGCACGGACACACCCUGCAGCCAGGAGGGGCGUGGGGCUCCUGGGAGCUGCCGGCACCCUCCUGCAGUCUACCCUCUUUGCACUUUGUUACUCUUUCAAAGCAUUCAUAAACUUUUGUACCUAGCUCUAGCCUGUACCCGUUCAUCACAGGAAACCAACCGGGGGCUAACUACGACGUGGUUAGAAUCCUAAUAGCUACUUUAAGAUCCUAGGGUUGGUUGGGUUUUUGUUUUCCUGUUUUAUUUUUAUUUAUUUAUUUUUUAAAGACAAGAGACUUCUUAAUAGAUUUGAAUAGCACCGUAUUUCCUGUUGUAGUCAUUUGUAGCAGGUCACACAAUCAGGUCUUUACUACCGACAUGUAUCGUAGAAGAGCCCCUGCCACUGGCUAACCUCCCACGCUCACCUAGGUCCACUCUCCUUCCAGUCCAUCCUCACAGAUGGCCCUGUCUUACCCAGGGUGACAUCUUAGCCAAAUGUUUACCGUUCUCAUUGCCUUUGAUGGCCUUGACGACUUCCCCUCCCACCAGCUGCGAAUGUACGGAGGCCAUCGGGCCCGGCUCACAGGCAGUGACUUGGGGCCAAGGGGCCACGAGGAGCUCUUCCCUCUCUGCCCCUCAGCGUCACCCACCGGCCUGCUGUCUCCACUUUCCAUGUAGCUCUGGCCAGGAAAGCAUGCAACAGACUCGCUCUGAGCCCAGCACCAAUGGGGGUCCAGGAGGGGGCCGGGGGCACUCACCUCCUGUCCUGAUGGCGCACUCUCCCUGGCUCCCCGGGCUGGGAAGAGCGCCCCAGGAGUUCUGCAUGGCGGUUCACUGCAUGCGCUGCCCCCCGACCUGGCUGCCCCCUUGGGUUGCUCUGCCAAUGCACUAGUUCCAUCCCACAGCUCCCGCCGAACCGACACCCUCUGGGACUUGCCAACUCACCGGCCACAAGCUGCAGUCUGUAGCACUGAACAAACAAAAACCAAACGCUCAAGCCUUACGACCAGAGAAGGAUUUCAGCAAACCACACCUCACACUUCCACACCUCCCUGCCGACGCCCGCGCGGACAACUCUGCUCACACACAAUCCACCAGGUUCUACCCCAUGAAAACUGUGACUUCCCAAACGAGCCUCUCCCUAGGGCUAGACUAAGACCAGGAAGUUCGAGAAGGAAGCCGCAGCUCAACUCUCCCAUCCCAGCCGGGCGGGGAAGCCCUCCUUAGGUGCCGUGCGGCUCACCCAGUUUCUCUCUCCCCUCCGGCGGUGCGAGGUUCCUGGCAACUGGUAAAGAACCAACUAGAGGCUUCGCAGUUGGCAAGCUAACUAGCGGCCUUAUUUCUGCCUUUAAUCUCCCACCAGGCCUCUCUUGCUUCUCCACACCUCAAAGCACCAGGGCACAUCCUAGGUAAGCUGACAGGUAGACCUGUUCCCACCGCAGCUGGCGAACGUGACCGUGUUUUAACCCCCGUGUCCACGGUUCAGCUCACUUUCCAGAUUGCAACCUGGCCUGAGUCCCAGCUCCUUCCUGCUCGUCUCUUAACCGAAGUGCUUUCUUGUUUGAGACGCCCACGGCCCUUCCUCCACGUUGUCGCAUCCUUGGCCGGUGUCAUGCUGUCGUGUUCUAUGUGUUGCUUCGUCUUUGGGGUCACACUGCAUCCCCUCCCUUCUCCAGGGCAGAGCUGACUGAAUGUUUGCUGAAGUUUCUGUCUCUUGGUCCACAAGUAUUUGGAGAGGUCACUGGAAAUUGGUGUUUCAGUCUUGGCAUCUCAUUUAGGAUCUCCACGAGAAAUGGGCUUCUUAGCCCUCAAAGUGUAUAUCGUGUGUCUCAUUUGUGAAAUGCUUCCUUGCUAUAGAACUAGCUCAAAGACUGUACAUAUUUACAAGAAACUUUAUAUUCGUAAAAAAAAAAAAAGGAAAUUGAAUUGGUUUCUACUUUUUUAUUGUAAAAGGUGCAUUUUUCAACUCUUACUUUUGGUUUCAACGGUGGUAGUUGUGGACAGCCAUCUUCACUGGAGUGCGGGGAGCUCCGUGUCACUACGGAGAUGCCAGCAGGAAAUAUCGUAACACGAAACCGCAGUCAAAGCUUACUAGCAUAAAUAAGAUUCUAGGUCCAAAAGUACAGGCUUUUUCUUCAUUACCUUUUUUAUUCAGAACGAGGAAAAGAUCACAAGGAACGGUUCAAGAUCCACCUUGAGAGGAAUGAACUCUGUUGAACAAAUAGUCAAAUAAAGCAAUGAUCUAAAAUGUU